GGGAUGGUGUUUGGUCAGAGACUGACCACUGAUCCAUUAGUCGUGCAUUAUGUAGCGUACGGCAGAUGACCAGCCGUUAAGUGGCUGAUCAAUACAGCUUGGAGUCCACAGUAAUAUGGGCGAGGCGGACAACACACUGCUACACGAGGAUUCAGUUUCACUAAGGAUCCUUACUAGGCAGAGGAGCUUCUACAGAUGGAGGCCUCAAAGGAGCCUAUGUCAGACCUGGAGAAUGGCAUGGCCACUAUCAUUCGAGUUUUCCACAAAUACUCGGGUCUCAAGCGCAAGCUGAAGAAAGCAGAGCUCAAAGAUCUUAUCAACAACGAGAUGAAUCACUUCAUCAUGAAAAUCCAAGAGAAUGACACUCUGGAUGAGCUAUUUGCUGAUCUCGACCAGAACGGAGACCUGGAGAUUGACUUCAAAGAGUUCAUUGCCCUCAUCGCCAUGGUCACCUCGGCGUGCCACGAACUCUUCAUCCCAUCCGACCAUAAAAAAUAGUUAACAUGUUUACAGAUUACGCAUUAAAAAUAUCAGGAACACAGAAA